AUGUACGGAAAGGCCAUGGUUCCAGUGAUCCUCCUGCUCAAUGCUGUGGCCCUCUCAUUGGCCAACAGUCAUGCCCCGCCAGCCUGCAAGGAUGGCAGCUGCCCUCAGCAGGUCGGACACAUAUUGCUUCAACAGCGCAGCAGCAUUGCACAAUCUGUAGGAGUGGUGUACACCGUGUACACCUUCGACUAUCAGGGCUGCUACAUGAAUGAAGUGGCGGCACGAGCGAACGGCCAUGUGGUCGGCAUAACCAUGGACAGUUGCGCGGACCUUGCUGUCUCCAAAGGGCACAACCAUACAUGGAGUACCCGCAAGAAUUUGAGAGCGCGGCUGCGCAGUGCUUGA